ACACACACACACACACACACACACACACACACUCACCGUCCCCUUUACUAGCUUAUAAAACCCAAAGUACUGAUACCGAUGCUCACAGCUGAGGCUCAUACAUGCAGCACCAACUCCAGAGACGAAGUUUGCCUCCAUCUUCCAACUUAACGGCAGCAUGUUUCAGUUGAGUAUUGUCCUCUGGGCUGGCCUCAUGCUGUCCCUCCUUCAGCGUUCCCAUCAGUCAUGCAUAGAAGGGACACCCAGACAGUGUGAAGAUGCAGAAUUUGCUCCAGGUACCAACUUGGCCGGGGAAGGCUUUGACAUCACCAAAAUGGAGCGUAAAGGCGCCUUUGUGCUCAACAUGAACCAGUGGAACCAUAAAAAUAAAACCUGCACCCUGUGUAGCAACCCCUAUCUGCAGGGCAAAAAGCAAAAGCUGCCACUGUCAGUGGUGGACUGGAGGGCAAAACAGUCCUGCAGUGCAAAAGUGUCCACCAAGCUACACAAAUCCAGCGAGUCUCUCGUAACAUCCAGCUCCUCCUCUGUUGAAAACAACUGGAAUAUUAGUCUAGAUGUUAAAACCCUAAAAACAGGUGCCUCCCUGAUGCUGGCUGGUUCUCAUUCUAAAGUGGCUGAAUUCUCCAUGGAGAAAACAAAGAAUGACAAGUUCAGCUUCGCAACCCACAGCAUGUCCUGUGAGUACUACAGCUACAGAGUUUCCAGCACUCCCCAGCUGCACAGGGAAUUUAACAGAGCAGUGAAACAGCUUCCAAAAAUCUACAGUGCAGAAUCCAAGCAUCGCUUUUACAAAGUGAUCGACAACUUUGGCACCCAUUACAUCACCAAGGUGAAGCUGGGGGGAAGUGUUGAAACUGUGACCAGCAUCAAGGAGUGUCAGGCCAGUCUGCAGGGCUUCAGUGUGGAGGAAGUGCAGAUGUGUCUGGAAGCUGAGGCGUCUGCAAGCAUCAAAGCUACUAUGAAAGCUGAAACAAAACACUGCAAGAAGGACAUAGACAAGACAGCGACUAAGUCAGCCUUCUCCAGCACCUUCAAUGACAGGUUAACAGAAAUAAAGGGCGGCCACACCACGGAGCCGGACCUUCUCUUCUCUGCCAACAAGAAUCCGUCGGCCUACAAGGAAUGGUUAGGGUCACUACCACAGAAUCCAGACAUAGUGUCAUAUUCUCUGGAGUCACUUCACGAGUUACUGCCUACUAACACACCUGUCCACAAAAACCUGCGCUCUGCCAUCAGCCACUACAUCCUGGAGAAAGGCCUGUUGAGGAACUGCAGUGAGCAUUGUCAGGCUGGUAGAAAGAGCGACUCCAGGGAUCCCUGCGUCUGCCAAUGUCACAAUGACCCCGCUGUGACCCCAGACUGCUGCCCAACCCGUAAGGGCAUGGCUCGGGUCACCAUAACAGUCCAACGGGCCUCCGGUCUGUGGGGCGACCACAUCACGGCCACGGACGGAUACGUGAAGGUGUUCUUUGGCGGACGGGAUUAUCGUACGCCUGUCAUCUACAACAACAACAACCCACACUGGGACAUGGUUGUGGACUUGGAAACACAGGAUCUGUCUAUGGCAAAUAAAGUGAGAUUUGAAGUCUGGGAUGAAGACAACAAAUGGGACGACGACUUGUUGGGGGAAUGUGAGCAAGUUCUCACUGCAGGAGUCAAGGAGGAUUUGUGUGUUCUGCAGCACGGCUGGCUGUACUUCAAACGGGAGGUGAAAUGUGCUCCGAGCCUGGGCGGAAACUCGUGCAUGGACUACAAACCUACACCUAUGAGUCAAAGUCUGAAGAAGCUGUAUGUGUCCCGUCAUGCCCAUCCUAUUCCGAAGGCCAUGCUGUUAGAGAUGGGCGUGUUCGUGGACGAAACAAGUUCAUGGAAAAACCAGAGUCUGACUGCUGAGAGUCAAAAGUAUGAUGUGAUAUAGCACCAAAAUCUGGUUUUACUGAAGCUCACAGUCGAUGCUUUAGCAAUGUUUUUAUUAUACUGUUGAGACAUUUAAUGCAAAAUUUAAUCCUCUUCAUAAAUCAAUAUCUACUACAAAUAAUAUACAACAAACACAUUGGUUCGGAAAGAAUAGACAAAAUGACAGCAAGUUAAUAUGUGGAAAACAUCUUUUAUAAGUUGUAUGUUUAGUAAUAUUUGCAACAUAGUGACAUAGUUUCUUAAGGUCUUAAGUGAUAUUAAUUUAGGCUACAUAGAUAAAACAAUCUCAGCACAUACACUGAAAAAACAUCAAAGCAUUUGAUUGUGUAAAAUUUCCUGCAGUUGCUGAUGUGUGAUUCAAUGCAGCUUUUACUUAAAAUUGUAUUUUACAUUUUAAAAGGGUUUUUACUGUACCCUUUAUAAAGCAUUUAAAGUGUGUUUUAUGCAUUUAUAUAGGCUCAUGUAGUGCUAUCAUGUAUCCCUUCUUGCAUUGCUGUUAUACAUUGUUUUUUAAAAUGUAUGUAUGAAACCAUGCAUUCAUCAGUUUCCUCUCAUGUUUUUAUUACUUCGCAAUAUCAGUGGUCUAUUCUCUAUGGAUUUCUUCCAUUUAAAUGUACUUUUGGGUUUUUAAAAAUAAAAUGUACAUCUUAAGAUGAUCAGAUA